CUGUAAUACGCGCUCGUAAUCUAACUACCGGUAGUUACACAGAUUAUUACACAGAUUUAUCUUAACAAAGUUUCAGUCCGUUACCGGUUAUGGAAAAACAUCGCCUGUAUACGUUGGAUGAAUUUCUGCUUAAGCUACAACCCUCGCAGCGCUAUACGAGAAUUAUUUAUUUAGAUUUUCGUCGUGAAAAUCAAAACAAACCAUUUCGCUUCGAAUCACUUCGGCUGUUGUAUGCCGCUCUAACGUUAUUGAUUGUGGAUUGUGCCUGUAAUGUUUUGAAAAUCAUAUUCGAAAUUCGAGCUCAGCGCCUAAGUGAGGCGAAGCAAAUCGGGGCAGUGUGGAGCAUUGCAUUUUUGUGUUUGAUACGCGGCAUAUUUGUGAUGUUCAAACACAAGAGCAUGUUGGAUCUGACCAAUGAUUUGGACAAGAUAUUUCCACGCACCCGCCUGCUGCAGAAUCGUAUGAAUUGUCAUAAGCUGGCACGUUAUCUGUUGAUACGUCAUCGGUUUCUCUUUGCCUAUGCUGUUGUGGGUCUGUCGGCUUUUAUUGGAAUACCUUUGCUGAAAUAUAUUGUCUUUUACGAUCCGAAUAGUGGCGAGCCGCUGCUGGAUGAAUAUCAUCAACAUGCUUCGUGGUUUCCCUUUCACUUGAAAGAGAAUCCCACCACUUAUCCGUAUAUGUAUGUUUCGGAAACCAUAUUAACGUUAUUUGGCAUAAAUUGCCUAUUUACCUGGGAUCAUAUCUACACUGUGACAGUGGCUCAAUUUAUAAUGCAUUUUGAAUAUGUCAAUACGGAAUUGGCGCGAUUAAAUGCCAAGGAUACAAUGGAUGUGGAAAAGAGCAAGAAAUUCUAUGAUGAUCUUGUGGAGAUUAUCAAAUAUCAUCAGCAUGUAUUGAGGUUGGGUAACAAACUUCGAAAUACCUUCAAUCUACCACUCUUUCUAACCGAUCUCAUUAGUGGUGCGUCGAUUUGUUUCCACAUCUAUUUGAUAGCGAAUACGGAUGAUGUUAUCGCCAUCACUUUAUUCAUAUUUCCAUGUUUUGUUCAGGUGGCAUUUGCGUUCGAUAAUUGUUAUCAGGGUUCGCGGAUUGAAAAUGUGACCACCAACAUGAGCCAGGUUAUAUUUGAGCAAAACUGGUACGAUGCGACAUUGGAAUAUCGUAAAUUCGUCGUACAUUUUUUGUUAUUCGCCAGCAGACCAUUUACUUUGUGUGGCUAUAAUUUGUUUAGCAUUGACAUGGUUCACUUUAGAGGGACCAUGAUGAUUGCCUAUAGGAUGUUUACAUUUCUGCAGGCCCGGGGAUCAAAAGUCGAAUAAGACAACUCUAUUUUACAUAUUUACACAAUUGUUUUUAAUCUUAGUUUUAAUGAUUUAUGUAAUUAGAAGUAUUUCGAAUAUGUCACAGUAGUUGAGUUUGAAAAUGCAAUUUUUCCCCAAAA